AUGCUCGACUUCCUCCGCACACACAACUACAAGGUGACGACACACAUCACGUCGAACCUGUUGAUGGUCACCAUGAUAUUCGGCAUGAGUGUCUUCACUUUCGGAUAUGAAGGUUCAACACUCAACACCAUUCAGGCCAUGACGCCAUUCGAAAAGAGAUUCGGCGACUUUCUACCCGAGACGCAUGACUACGGAUUCACCUCCAACAAGCUGGCCUACAUGAACUCGUUCCCUCUGCUGAUCUAUGCCGUGGGCGUGAUCGUUGGCGCCCAGAUCGGCGAGCGCUGGGGUCGAAGGCUGGUCUUCGUCCUGACCAACAUUGUAUGCUUGGGCGGAACCAUCACCGUAUACACGGCAAAGAACUACAGUCAACUCCUCGCCGGCCGAAUGAUUGUCAAUUUCCACGUGGGAAUGGAGGCGUUCUUAAUCCCCAUGUUCCAGGCCGAGAUCGCCCCCGCCCCGGUCCGCGGCUCGCUCACGGCCAUCUACGGCGUCAACGGCGUGUUCGCCUCCUUCAUCGCGUCCGUAGUCACAGACGUUACGAGCAAGUACCAGGACGACAGGUGCUGGAAGAUCCCCGUCGGCAUUGGCUUCAUCUUCCCGGCGUUUUCUCUGUUCUUCUGGGCGCUCAUCCCCGAGUCUCCCCGAUGGCUGCUACGGAAAGGGGAUUACGCAAACGCAGUCAAGAACUUGGACUAUAUAUACGGAGCCAUGCCGAACUACGAUGCAGAGAAGGAAGCAAAGCUUUUGCAAGAAGCUCUGAAUACCAGCGAGACAAAGGGAAAGUGGAAAGAUCUGGUCAAAGGGCCUAAUUUGCGCCGAACCGGCAACGGGUUGAUCGCUUCCGCUCUGUCUCAACUCUCCGGAUCGUCAUUCUCAAACCUGUAUGGCACAAUCUUCUUGAAGAGCUUGAAGGUCAUCGACCCCUUUAUGGCGACCAUGGUCAAAAGAGCCUUGUUGCUCGCGACAGCCAUCGUCUUCAUGUUCACCAUUGACAAGGCCGGCCGGCGCCCGCUCUUCCUGUACAUGGGCUUCAUGCAGACGGCGGUUCUGAUGGUGAUGGGCGGGCUGGGGACCAUCGCGCAUCCCACGCUGGACAUCAACAAGGGCAUCGUCGCCAUGACCAUGAUGUUCCCGAUUUUCCAUUUCGUUUCCUUUGGCGGCCCCUUACAAUUGACCAAAACCGAGAUCCCGCACAUCACUCUCCGAGACAAGUCUGUCAUGCUCUUCUGGCUGACCGCCAACCUGUGCAACUUCAUCGCGUCUUUCACUUUGCCGUACUUGCUUCAGGAGCCUGCCAACCUCGGGUCUAGAGUUGGUCUGAUCUACGGCUCCAUCUCAGCCUUGGGCUUGGUGUGGGGUUGGUUCUGUAUGCCAGAGAUGUCCAACAAAUCGCUGGAAGAGAUCGACGAGAUGUUCGCAGCCGGUGUGCCGGCCUGGAAGUCACGACACUGGCGAGGCGAGCAAACGGCAAAGAUCACCGAGUUGGAGAGCCACGGUGCGGUGAGUGACAGCGACAGCGAAAGAAAUAGCAUAGCGAAAAGUCAAACGGAGCCGACGAUUCAGGAAAAACAAUCCAAAGUUUAG